AUGGCGCUCUGGGUGACUUUGGUCAUUGCUCUCACCUGCUUCGGCGGUCUCGCCUCCCCGGUCCCUGUGCCACCCUCCUUUACAGCCCUCAGGGAGCUCAUUGAGGAGCUGGCCAACAUCACCCAGGACUCCCUCUGCAACGGCAGCAUGGUGUGGCAUGUCAACCUGACAGCUGGCUCGCCUGACCCCGCCUCCUCCUCCCUGCAGUUAUGCCCUGCCCUGGACUCGCUGAUGAACGUCACCGACUGCCGUGCCAUCCAAAAGACCCAGAGGUUGCUGAGCAAAUUCUGUCCUCACAAGCCCUCAGCCGGGCAGGGCCCCAAGCCGCCCAUCCGAGACACCAAAGUCGAAGUGACCCAGUUUGCCAAAGACCUGCUCCGACACCUGAGGAAAAUGGUGCGCCACAGAGUGUCCAGCUGAAGGUGCGGAGCACAAGACGCUGGCGUCGCCGGCGGCCGAGGCCAGCCCUGACCGGAACCUGCAGAUCCAUCUUCCUUUCAGACGCCAGAAAUUCCCCGGGGGACGGGACGGGUGGGGUGGGGAGGGUUUCCUUAGCUUAGACCUCAGCCUGCUCUGUCUGCCUGCAGCCCUGCCCGACCUUGGUCCCGGGGCAGGGGCUCCGAGCCUGGGAGGAGGGGACAGACAUUGCUCAUGCCACCUCCGGGCUCCCGGAGCCAGCUGGAGCAUUACGGCGCACACCGCCCGCCCGGCCUGGGGGAGGGGGCUGUGCUUCCCAGAGG